UAUACGCCCUCAGCAGUGCCUCUAUCGGCGCCACGGCGUAAUUUCUCCUUGAAAACAUCAAAAUUCCCGGAAAAUCUCAAUUUUCCUGCAAAAUACCAAGGAAAACGUUCCAAAUCCAAGUGGAAAUUGUGCAUUAAAUCUCACUCUAUCGAGUGGAAGUGAAAAGUUGCUUUUAAAAGCAUUUGUUUCUCUGUGAACCUUUGAAAAUCUUCGGCUUGCAUCAUGCCAAUGCCUGCAGGAGUUUAUCAGUCUUCUUCCGGUCCCUCUUGCUUCGACAGAAUGAAGACUGGCUUCGGGAUUGGAUUCUGUGUUGGAUUGGCCAGUGGAGCGCUAUUCGGAGGCUUUUCUGCACUCAGGUACGGACUGCGAGGCAGGGAGCUGAUAAACAACGUUGGGAAGGUGAUGCUUCAGGGCGGAGGGACAUUUGGGACAUUCAUGGCUAUAGGAACUGGGAUUAGAUGCUAAAGGCUUCCCGGAAGAAAUAGUUUUUGUAAAUAUAAUUGGAUUAUUCUCGGAACAUAAAGUCUGUGUCUGUUCUAGGAGA